UCAUUCUCUGUCAUUAUCUACCAGCCUAAAUCGCGUUUAAUCUGACUUGGUCAGAGCCUAGCUCUAGUAGUUUUUUUAAAAAAAACUAGCUUCGUGCCGAGGGGUUGGAUCCCAUUCCUGAAUUGUCUAGAUUGUUAGACAAUCGGUGAUGGUACCAACUUUACCCUUAUUAGAGGAGCUCGUCACGUCUACCAGUCUCUUGGAAUCGCUCGAGGUACAGCACCACUUGUGUCCCACUAGAACUAGCAGUUAGGGCGUAUGACUGAGUCAAUUUUAAAUGUGAUUUUGCGUAAAACAGAGGUGACGGACUCGAUACAAUCGAUUUCGUCUUCUUUCGUAUGGGGCUUAACUCUUGUUCGGCAUUUAUCGCGUGUUUCCCAAGUACUCGUCGCCGUGUGGUGUUGAUUCCACCGAUCGAAAUAGAAAUCUUAUCAUGAGUUUUGUAAACGUGGAGUGCCGCAGUGUCGCGCGAAAGACUUUAUAAAUAAAUAGUCCACGCGCGUUUAUAGUAUACGAUUCGCGAGUGUUUAACGCGAGUGUCCUGUGCGAGAGGAUGUCAACCCGAAUCUGAGAGGAGGAGGAGGUCUGGCAGAGACAUCGGGCACCGGCGGAGCAACUCUGCGAAUCAUCGUUGAUAUAACUCCACCGUUGUGCAUUGGGUUGAAACGUAUCGUGAACUUCGCCGGCGGGCAGGAGGAACGCGGAAGGAAAGGAAAUGACACGCGGGGUCGUACGAGAGAACGAAACCGCGAUCUUUCCAAGCGCGCGCAAAUAACGAUCGAGGAGAGGUACAGCCUUGGAAGCGGCGAACGACAGUUUCUGACGAUCGAUCGACAGUCGCUUAAAUAGCUUAACGCCGACGAUUUAUACGAAUCUCGCAAUCCUUCUCGAUCCGACACCAACCGCGAUCGCAAGACCGUUUUCUUUUAUUCGACAGGAAGGGAAAGAAGUCAAUAUCAUCAAUCGUCAUCGCAUAUCUCGUUCUCUCGAAUAAAACACGAAGCACGACGAAGUGGCGGCACAAUGUAGCGCGGUGACUUCGACCGAAAGGUGUGGAUUUUCUUACGUGAACUAGAAAUCAGUGCGGAAGUUCAAGGAAUUAUUCGCAAAGACACAAACGCGAGAAUGAAGAUGAUGGGCGAUGUCGUCGCGGAUCCCAUCGACGAGAACGAUGAUGGCACGGUGCAGCCCUCCAGUGCGAGCAAGGAAUUCGGUCAGAGGACUCUGAGAUCCUUGAAGAGAGGACUGGGUCGGCUCUGGAGAAGGCACAGAGGCAACGCGUCGAUUACUGAAUACGAUCCUUCCUACAAAGUCGCGUAUCUUGGAAAUGUGCUGACCGGAUGGGCCAAGGGUGAAGGCUGCGUUGAGAAGCCCGUGUCGACCCUAUGGCGGAAUUACGUAAGCAGCAAUAGACCCGACGUUUCCAUGAGGUUGACUGUGACCAACGGUGGUCUGACCGCGACCACUAAAGACCACGGUCUCACCGAGUAUUGGGCUCACCGUGUGACUUACUGCACAGCGCCAGCCACUCAUCCACGCCUCUUUGUUUGGGUAUACCGACAUGAAGGCCGCAGACUGAGGCCCGAAUUAAGGUGUCACGCAGCUCUGUGCAGCAAGGAGUCUACCGCAAGAAGACUCGCCUCGAUCUUGAAUACCAGGCUGCAACAGGCGCUCAUGGAAUUCCGUCGAGACAAGGUCUCCAGGCAAAACGCCAGAUUGUCUCUGGCAAACGCAUUAUACGACAAUCCGUCGUUGCCGCGUAGGAAACUUCUUCUGAGUACCGGUGGUCAAAACUAUCGACCGCCCUUGGAGAGAUCAAAGAGCGCGCCUAAGUUAUCAGCGAUUGAAGAGGACACGGUAGCAGAAGAGAUAGAGCAGAAGAGGCUGCUGGAGGAAUUGCGUUCCUUGGAGAACGUAGCACGUAGCUGGGAAGACCAGGACAGCUGGAGGAUAGCCAGACUACUGGAAGCCCUCAACCGCGAGUCCGACGAAAACGGUAGCAUCUCCAGUGGAUGUGAAACCGCCAGCACGGCAACCAGCGAGGAAAGAGCCACUGGUCCGGAGGAACAUCUUGCUCAGAAUCAGCGAGGGUCGAUCAAAAGGGUUAUCUUCACGGAAGACCGAGUCGGCAGAAGAUCAGGACCACGAAGAAAUUCGGAAGGUUCGCCACAUUUCAUGACAUGUGCCGGUAGUCCCCGUUUCAAUCCUAUGGAUCCUAUGAAGAGGUUUCCCUUAAGGAGCGAGGAAGAAGAAUCGAUGGAGGAAGAAGAAGAAGAAAUGGAAGACACUGCUUCGAAUAUGUUCGAUUUCGAGGAUGUGGAGGAUCUUGACGACGUGGUGGAUUAUCGGCCGAGGGGAGAGGUGAUGAACAGGAUUGAAGAUCCGCAGAAGAGGGAAAGGCGAGCGAACGAGAAGUAUCCUGGUAGGAUAGGUCACGAUUUUUUGCAAAAUGAGGAGACUUCGUUCCUAACUCUGGAUUCUCUCGACGAGGAGGCCGACAGCGAUGAGAGCGGUUACGUGGAAGCACCACCAAAGUCUUUAUUAGGUCAAGACGACAAGAAAGAAGAGGAAGAGAGCGAACAUCCGCGAUUAGAGUCAUUUAUGAAUAAAAGAGAGGACAAAUUGGAAUCGACGUGUAGAACCGACGAAAGUGGGAAUCAGAGGACGAAACACGAGGAUUCUAAGUUAGAUAAGCAAGAGGAAAAAAAAACGGAGAAGAAAGAUCCCUUAAUGGUGAGUAGAUUUAAAUAUCCUAUCUCAGAUACUAUUAAAAAGUUAGCUAGCGCGUCACUAAGAAAUUCCAAAUCUUUCGAAAUGACAAGCAGCAAUUGCUUAAGCGUACUAAAUAAUUUUAAAACCUCCAAGUCAUUUGACAGUGUGAAGAAUGAUGAGAUUACCGUGGAUUCGCCAAGUCUUCACCAAAGGAAGCAAUUAUUGGCACAACGCGGUGUCAUGGUUUAAAAUGUCCCUUUUAAGUUGAAUAUUUUUCCGAUUUCAUAUUACGAAUUGAACGGAAAUUAAAUUAAUUGAAUAAAUAUUUAUCUAUUAUUAAGUCAUCACGAAUCAUCAAAAACAUACAUCAAAAUCAUAUUAAAAAUAUCUGAAUAAUAUCAAAGCAAUUAAGAUAUUGUUCAAAUGAUUUGCUAGAUUUUAAAAAAUCCCUUGAAUCAAAUGCUGUCAGAAUACUAUCAUCGAGUUAAACAAAUACACUCAGUGUCGAAAUUCGAUUUAAGCACAAUAUUUCAAGAGACAUAGUUGAUUUCUUGUGCCUCUCUAGUUGGUUAGUUUCUUAUGUCUGACAAUCGCGACCUCGCAGAAAAAUAUACUAAAA